AUGGAUACUGCCUUCAAGGAUGCCAUCAUCGCUGCCAUCAUCCGUUCAUGCAUUGACUACAAUAUGUAUCCCGGAAUUAAACCGACACAGACCAUUUACGCCGGUACGUCUGCCAGUUCGCCUGUGCGACGUCUAAUAGUAGACUUCUGGGUGUUCAAUGCCGGACGAACAUGGAAGGGGCUUUCGGAUUUGAUCGAGGGAACCUGUCCUGACUUCGUUAACGAUCUGGUUCGCGAGCUCAUUGUGAAACGAGACAGACCCGCCGACUUCGUACAGAGGCCAUGGCUCGCGACUCCUGAAUCUUACCACAUGGAUAGCGAGACCAAGUAA